AUGGCGAACAUCCCGGUUCCCGCUCCGCUUAAGUUGGGCGUAAAUGAUAGUGAGGCAAUAAAAAUAUUCAGGCUACAGUGGACUUACUACGCGCUUGCCACGCAAGUAGCGGAAAAACCGGCUAAUCAACAAACGGCAACAUUGAUGGCGGUUAUGGGUGUAGAAGGUGUGAUGCUAGUAGAGGAAUUACAACUGAUUGAAGCGGAUCCUGCGACACCGGAUGCGAUUUUGAAGAAAAUCGAGGAUCAUCUGACUCCACAACGGGACAAGCGUAUGGAAAGAGCGGAGUUUAAUACAAUGUGUCAAAACGAUGAAGAAAAAAUAGAAGAGUUCGUGAAACGUCUCAAAAAGAAAGCGACAGAUUGUGGUUAUGCAGUGGAGGAACAAAAAGAACUGUUGAAAGAUCGGUUGAUUGCGGGAGUUCGAGAUCACCAGAUAAGAAAAGAGUUACUCAAAGCUGGUGAUAUACCACUGGAUGAUAUGGUGAAGAAAAUCAAAGACCAUCAGCAGAUAGAGGAACUUGCGAAAAAAUAUGAACGUAUGACGGCAGUCAAUGAUUCUUCGAGAGACACCUUCAAAUUGACAACAACAAAGCGGAUGGAAAACAACUGCAGAUACUGCGGGGGAAAACAUCAGAAGGAUAAAAACAAGUGUCCUGCAUUCGGUAAGAAGUGCCUCGAAUGCGGCAAGCUCAAUCACUUCAAGAAGGUCUGUCGAGCGAAGACAACGAAGAAGAGAUUCAGGAGCAAAAAUGUGCGGCAAAUGGAAGACCAUGUAGGAAGCACGGAGAGCUCUGACGAUGAAGAAGAAUGCGAGUUCGUCGAUAUCGCGAAGGUCGACAGUGUGGAUACAAAAGACGCUGGCAGAAUCAUGGUACAACUGAAAGUAGUGGAUGGCACUGGAACAAUUAAGCCUUUAGAGAUACAAGUUGAUACAGGUGCGAGGGUGAAUGUACUGUGCUACCGUGAUUUAAAGCGAGUGUCGGCCAAGGUAAAAAUACGCAGCACAAAGAUUAAAUUGAGGUGCUACUCUGGAAGGAUCAUCAAACCGAAAGGUAGAGCAGAAUUAGAUAUCAAACUGAAGGAUGGAACCAAAACGCUGACAUUCCUGGUCGUCAAGAAAACGCGACCGCCUUUACUGUCAGCGCAGUCAGCUAUAGAUCUCGGUAUCAUUAAGGUCCAUGAUAUAUAUAUAUAUAAUGUGAAUUCACUACAUCAAGAUUGUGACGAACUACUACGUAAGUACAAGGAUGUUUUUGAAGGUGACGGUGUGUUCCGUGGAAAAUUCAAAAUUGAAAUUGAUGACUCCGUUACAGCUGUUCAACAAAAGGCCCGACGGAUCCCCCUCGCAUAUCUCCCAGAGCUAAAGCAAAAGAUUGACGAUUUGGAGAAACGAGGAAUUGUGGAACCAGUGAACAAACACAUGGAGUGGUUAAGUAAUCUGGUGCUAGUGAAGAAAGGCAACAAAAUGCGGCUGUGCCUGGAUCCGGCAGAGCUCAACCGGGCUGUUAAACGAGUCAAUCACCAAAUCCCCACCAUAGAGGGACUGCUUCCGGAAUUCGCUAAGGCUAAGGUGUUCAGCGUACUCGACGCCAAAAACGGAUUUUGGCAUUUGGAACUGGACGAAUGUAGCUCGGAUUUAACAGCUUUUUGGACACCAAUGGGCGUAUAUCGUUGGAAGCGGAUGCCAUUUGGUAUUUCGUGCGCACCAGAAGUUUUUCAAAAGGCGCAACAACAGAUUUUUGCUGGUCUUCGAGGCGUACGUUGUUUGGCUGAUGAUGCAGUGGUAUUUGGUUGUGGAGAUACUAUGGAAGAGGCAAUGCUUGACCAUAAUCGAAAUUUGGAGGAGGUACUUCAAAGAUGCAGAGACAGAGGACUGAAGCUGAACCGAGAAAAAGCGAAAAUUGCGUUGACAUCGGUACCGUUCUUUGGACAUAUUUUAACCAACGAAGGAGUGAAACCGGAUCCCGGAAAAAUAUCAGCUGUUGUGAACAUUCAUCCUCCGAAAAAUAAGAAGGAAUUACUGACAUUUUUAGGACUUGCAACAUAUCUGGGACGAUUUCUACCAAUACUGGCUGAAGUUAGUGCUCCUCUUCGGAAACUGACCCGAGACACAGCAGAAUACAUCUGGGAUGAGGAAGCAGCAGAUGCUUUUACACGCAUAAAAAAGUUGGCGACAGAGGCACCAAUAUUGCGUUAUUAUGAUCCCACAGAACCUCUCGUGAUUCAAUGCGAUGCAAGCAUGUUGGGUGUUGGAUGUGUUUUGCUUCAAGAGGGUCGACCAGUGUCUUACGCUUCUCGAACACUCAACAAGACGGAAAGCAACUACGCUCCCAUAGAACGCGAAUGUUUGGCAAUCGUGUUUGCGUGCAAGAGAUUUGAUCAAUAUGUAGCCGGACGGUUUGUCGUAGUAGAAUCAGACCACAAACCUUUGGAAGACAUUUUCAAAAAGCCGAUUACGGAUGCACCGCUCAGACUUCAGAAAAUGAGAAUGACGUUGCAGCGAUACGAUGUACUUGUUCGAUAUCGGAAAGGUAGUGAGAUGCAUAUAGCUGAUUUGCUGUCUAGGACUGCCACGGAAACGAAUAAAUUUCCAGGAGGAAAAGUGGACACAGCGUUUCAAGAGAUCGCAGACAUUAAUGUAAUGGAAUUUAUUAACAUUUCGGAUGAACGUUUUCAAGAAAUUUCGACAGAAACCAAGAAGGAUCUCACUUUAAACAAACUAUCGCAACUGCUCAUCGAAGGAUGGCCAGAACGAAAAUCUGAUCUUGAUGACGAAAUGCACAUUUACUGGACAAAUAAAAACGAGCUGUCAACGCAUCAAGGAAUUAUCUUCAAAAAUGGUAGAGUAUUGGUACCAAAAAGUCUUCGGAAGAAGAUGUUAGACAACCUGCAUAUAGCGCAUUUGGGGAUUGAUUAUACUAUACGUGCAGCAAGGGAGUCUUUCUUCUGGCCAGGAAUGAGUGAUCAGGUCACAAACUACAUAAGAAACUGUGAAGUGUGUAUGGAGUUUAGUGGACACCAAUGUAAACCUCCAAUGACAACGCACCAAAUACCAGAGUAUCCAUUUCAGCGGGUUAAUAUUGAUCUGAGCGAAAUAAAAACAGACAACAAGAAGCUGACAAUAAUGGUAACAGCAGACAGUUAUUCGGAUUUUGUGGAAGUGGAUUUUUUGAGCGAUACCAAGACAAAAACUGUUGUGAGCGCAUGCAAACGCAAUUUCGCACGGCAUGGCAGUCCUGAAGUAGUGGUUACCGAUAACGGACCGCAGUUCGAUAAUGAGGAAUGGCUUUUGCAAGUUUGCACAUGA